AUGUCGAGACCCGAAAAGUUGAAUUGCAUUUCUGCGGCGGAUGUUGUCGAAUUGAGCAAUGUCUUCCGCUGGUUCGACGAUGAACCCUCUCUUUCGGUGGCUGUCCUUACUGGAGCUGGGAAUAAGGCAUUUUCGACCGGCGCUGAUUUGAAGGCAUGGCAUGAAAACGCGACUUCCGCGGGUGGAAAGCCGGGUGCGGGUCCUGGCGACGUACCUGGAGCUAUUCCUCUGUCCAAUCGUGUUGGGAAAAAGCCAGUGAUCGCUGCCGUCAACGGUAUGGCCCUGGGAGGGGGGUGCGAAACCAUCAUGAACUGCGAUCUAGUAGUUGCAGCCGAUACUGCUGUAUUUGGCUUGGUGGAGGUGAAGCGAGGUGUUGCACCAUACGCUGGAGUUCUUCCUCGCCUGAUAAGGACUCUAGGCCUACAGAGAGCAAGCGAAAUGGCUUUGACGGGGAAUUACUUCUCUGCCCAGAAAGCAAUGGAGUGGGGCUUUGUUAACAAGGUGGUUCCGCAACAAGAUGUCAUCAAGGAAGCAGUGAGGUACGCGAAAGUCAUCGCCGAAAAUAGUCCUGAUUCGAUUAUCUGUACAAGAGCGGGGUUAAGGCAGGGGUGGGAAACUGCAAGUGUCGUGGAAGCAACUGCUAUAACUGGAAGAAACGAAUGGGCCGAGCUGCAAAAAGGAGAGAAUAUCCUCGAAGGCUUGAAGGCGUUCAAAGAGAAAAGGCCACCUGUGUGGUUACCCUCAAAGUUGUAG